AAGUCUUUAUAUUUCACAUAUUGUUUGGUUAUAACUAGGUCAUUUUUUCCAUAACUGAACACUUCCAUGUACCAAUUUAUGGCAAGUUUCUAUAACAAAAUUACCAAUAGUGUGAGUAAAUGGCUAGAAAGAGGGGCAUAUGUGUCGUUGGAAAUAGUUUUAGAAAAUUAUCUUUUUCAUUCAAGCUUUUGAUAUUCUUGCAGUAUUUUCAAGGAAACGAAUCUUCGGCCAGUUUUGUGACCAGAUCGUUAAAUGACAGUCUUUCAGACGAGGUUUACCUGAAGCUCACGAGGGUCUCUGUUACUAAGAAUAGUAACAUUUUUCAGAGUACUUGCUCCAGUCAUGUUCGUUUACUGCGUGGAUUUCAACGUGAAACGAAAGGUUAUGUCACCUUAGGACUUAGCACUGUGCCGCGAGAUGGCGCUUAUUAUCUCCCCCAAAUGUUGGCGUCGCUUAUAUCAAAGAUAACUGAGGAAGACAAGAAGGACAUCGUAAUUGUGAUAUUUCUUGGCUCGCACAAGAAGCAGUGGGUUAAUAUGACAUUGAGUAUGAUAGAUGAUAAAUUUGCAGACAGCGUUACUGCUGGAAUCAUCCAAGUUGUUCAACCAGAACAAAAAAUUUAUCCCGAUUUUAAAACUAUAACAAAAAGAAAUUACAAUGACUCUCUUAGCCGAGUUUAUUGGCGAACUAAACAGAACAUUGACUAUGCAUAUCUGUUCGCGUAUUGCGACCAACUAUCAAAGUAUUACAUGCAUAUUGAAGACGACAUCACAACAGCAAAUGAUUUCAUGAAAGAAAUAAGAACGUUUGUAUCAAAAAUGGAGAAGUCAAAAGAAACAUGGUUUUUAUUGGAGUUCAGCACUUUGGGAUUUAUUGGAAAAUUGUUCCGAUCCAGCGAUUUGUGUACUAUGAAAGAUUAUUUCCUGUUAUUUAAAGACGAGAAACCAUGUGACUUGUUAAUAAAUAACCUUAAAAGUAUCAAAACCCAAGUCAAGCAAUUCAAAAGUCCUAAAUCGCUGUUUCAGCAUUUUGGAUUGUCAUCUUCGCUGAAAGGAAAAAUUCAAAAAUUAAGAGACAAAAAUUUUAAAGACGGUCCUUCUCUACAAGCCCAUGGGAGAAACAUCGGUCGCAUUCCAAACCUUAAAAAGUCGCUCAAUGUUGAUGCUGACGAUUUAGCAAUUAAUUAUAAGUCAACAAAAGUUUUGAAUCCGCAAGCGGAAGUACAGACGUCAAUGGAGAGCCACGGGUCAUUUAGUGCAGUAAGGCCGUACAACGUAAACAUGAAUGGUUUCUUUUGGGCAAAAACUCCAAAUACUAGUGAUUUUUAUAGGAUAGUCUUUGACAGUCCGGUAAAUAUUACAGGAAUACAAAUAAAAACAGGUCAUCCAACGCGAAAAGUGGACAGGCUUGAAAAUGCAAUAGUAAAAGUAGGCUAUUUUAGCGAGAAAGAUAAAUGCAAAAAUAGCAUGAUUUUAGGCAGUGUUAAAGAAGGACAGUUUGAAAUGACUAGACAGAAACCUCUUUUACAGAUAAGUUGUUUAGAGAUAUUUGUAACAAGGCCACAGAGUGCCUGGAUGAUUCUUUAUGAAGUAAGUGUUCGUACGACAGAAACGGACAAAGAAAACAAAACAAUGAUCAAGCAGUGAACAGAAAGAGAGUUAAAUUAAAGAUAUAUUAGUACAUGUAGAAAUGAAUUUAAGAUAUGACGUCAUCAUUAUGCAAAUUAGGCCCCUUUGCUGUAAAAUAAGUUGAUUUUAUCAAAAGUGUAACAAUGUAUCGUUGCGCAAAAUUGUAAUGUAAUAUCAAAUACAUAUAGCUAGUAAUGAAAACUAGCAAUUUGCAAGUGGAAAUCUAGUAGAUUUGCUAUAGUAAUGUACUUUGCAGAGAAAACUUAAUUCAUUCUGAUAAUGCCGUCCUUUCGGAAUUUUAUUUUUUUGCAUUUAUUUUCCACGAUUGAAGUUUGAAAAAAAAAUAAUAAAAACAGCAAAACCCACAAGAAGAGAUACAUGUCUACAACGGAAGUGAUUCGAGGGUUGGUAUGGUUUUAGAGUGAAGGGAGAGAGAAAAUGAACCCAAACACAGACAACGGGCCCAAUUACUGAAGACAAUCAACCAAGUCUAACACGUUUUUAUUCAGUUUAUUAUGAAUAGAGCGUUGCUAGCAGUGCACAUUCUCAAGUUGUUUUAUUCAUAUGCACAGUUUUUCACAGCUUUACCAUAUAACCAUAUUGGUGUUUUUAUUAUUAUUAUUUAUUAUUAUUAUUUUAUGUGCUAUUUCAUUCUUUUAUCCGUAUAAGGUUUACAACCUAGUUAUGUGUUAACAUUUUUUAGAAUUUAAACAUUUGGGAGAAACCUUUUCAUUGUUUAUCAUUUUCAAUAACAUGUUAUUUUAAAAAUUCUCAUUUGAUUGUUUUAAAUAUGGUACACAUAUUUUAACAAAAUUAAACUAAUGUUAAAUAUUGCCGCUACAUUGUUCAUUGAAUUUAAUU